AUGGAGAUACAAACAACAAACUAUGACAAGACUGAUUAUAUGGAGACAGUCAAUGGUAACAAAGUCAGUAGGAAAUCGAUUCUAUGUGGUAUCAUGAACAUUAGAUUGCAUGGAAAGACAAUCAUCAAACCAGGUGUAAUUGUAAGAGGUGAUCUUGCAAAUGUAAAUAUAGGUAGAUUAUCAUCGGUUGGUGAAAAUACUGUUAUCAGACCUUCAUAUAAGAAAUUCAAAGGAUCGAUAGCAUACUUUCCACUUACGAUUGGAGAUCAUGUAAUUAUAAAAGAAAAUACAGUCAUUAGUGCUGCUUCAAUUGGUUCAUAUGUUUAUAUAGGAAAGAAUUGUGUAAUUUCAAAAAGAUGUAUAUUAAAAGAUUGUUGUAUGAUAGCAGAUAAUACGAUUGUACCACCUGAUACAGUUGUACCACCUUAUACUUGUUAUUCAGGAUUUCCAGGUACAUACAAAGAGGAAUUGGUAGAUAGUUUUGAACAUUACAUGAAGGAUUUAACAACCACUACAUAUGAACACUUUCUACCAAAUCCCGUCAUUGGAGGUACUCCAAGUAGUUUGGUUACGACUCCAACAUCUUCAUCCACUUUUAUUCCUACUUCAUCUCCUGCUGUCACAAAAUAA